UAGGUGAAUUAUGGAUCCACUUGCAGUGCAUCAUCUUGUAAAACUAGCUUGCCAUAGAGCUGAGCCAAUCACUUCAUUAUUUAUGUGUGUUUCUGUCUCGUUUGGGAAGCAUCAUGGUUUUCUACCUAAGGCAGCUGGCUUGAAGUGGUAGGAAGAAAACCGGGGGUUCAGUCGAAUACGAGAGCUCCGACACUGCUAGUUCAUCACGCCAUUCAAUUGGCCAGGACACGUAUUAUUGACAUUGCUGACAGCACUUUCUCAACAUUGUAGCAUCAUGUUUUACCUCAUUUGAAAGCGAAUUUCAUCUUCAACGAUGGCUCUCUCCGAGGGCGCCACAGACGCGAUUGCUCACUACUCGAUAGCAGUAUCAAUCCUGUUUCUGGGUACGGCGCCAUUCCGACUAUGGAGUUUGCGCAGAUCCCCUGUCGUCGUUAGCUUUAGCUUCCUGGGGCAAGUUAAGAUGCUUCUGUCGACUCUUCUUAUUUUAUCAAGCUUGGGGCGUUCUAUCGCGUUAGGAUACUUGACGUCUGACAGUAACUACUUCUGUGCUUCUCAAGGUCUUCAGAUUGUUGCAGUUCUCAUGCUCUGCGUCCUAUCAUUUCUAGAGCAUCGACGAAGUAUUCAGCCAUCUAGCAUUAUCACUCUUUAUUUAAUUGCAUGUAUUAUUCGAGAUGCUCUUGAGAUAUCCAGAAUGCUCCAGGGGGAGCAUAAUCGGUUCAUACAAGACCCGAUUCUCGCGCAGAUAACCCUUGAAGCUGCUUUACUCGCGACGGAAAACCUUGGAAAGGAAGAAACCAAAGAGUCCUCGGGGCAAUAUGUGUCACCAGAAGAGAAAUCAGGGCUACUUGGUAGAAUAUUCUUUUGGUGGAUAAAUCCGGUUCUUGUAGAAGGAUACCAUAAUGUCCUUCUGAACUCUGCUCUCCCUGCUGUGGAUUCAAAACUGCUAUCAAGAACUAUCCGUACUGCGGCCACACAUGCAUGGGAGCAAAGGCUAAGACCCGAGAUUAAAAUGACGCUUCCAAAAAUCCUGUUCGCCACUCUCAAAAGGCCGUUCUUGUUAGCGAUACCACCGCGACUUUUCCUCACCGUAUUCCGAUAUUCACAGCCAAUUAUCAUCCGUCGAAGUAUCCAAUUUGUCACCAGUGAUGAGCCUUUAAAUCAGAUAUGGACUGCGCAGAGCCUCGUUAUGGCCGCAGUGAUCGUCUACGUUGGCCUGGCUAUUUCAACGACGGUUUAUCAAGACCACCUGAAUAAGCUGAGAGUAAUGGUUCGUGCUGCUCUUAUAGCCUUGAUUCAUGAUAAAACCAUGAACUCUUACGCCGAAACGGUGAGCGAAGGCAAAGUCCUGACACUCACAAGUACCGACGUGGACAACCUUGACACCAUCGGUGAAAUGUUUCACGAAACUUGGGGACAGGUUCUUGAGGUCUCCAUCGGGAUUGCGAUGUUAUCUUGGGAAGUUGGUUGGGUGUCCCCUGUACCACUUUUUAUUAUUUUCCUAUGUUCUCGCAUGAGCCAGUAUGUCGCGAAGAACCUGCGAUCGAGACAAGGCGGUUGGAACGAGGCUACUCAGAACCGUAUUUCUACGACAAGUGCCACUAUCGGUGCUAUGAAAAAUGUUAAGAUGCUUGGCUUGCAAGAUAUGAUCUCAGAACGUAUUGAAAGGCUUCGGCAGGCCGAGCUUCACAUGGCAAGCAGAGUGCGAUGGAUGAUGGUUGCUUACAACGCGUCUGCGAAUGCCAAUGGGAUGUUUACGCCCGUUAUCACGCUCGUGCUCUAUGCCAUCCUAGCCAUGUUGAGUGGCAGCAAACUUGAUACUGAAACGGCAUUCACAACGAUUGCUAUCUUAAGCAUGGUAACGCACCCUGCGAACAUGGUCAUGACUAUCGUGCCUAGGGUCAUUGCGUCCUUCGCAAGUUUUGAAAGAAUUCAGAGCUUCCUUCUCGAACCUCCUCGCCAGGAUCACAGGACUGAAAUCAUCCAUUCGCAAACGACCCCUGAAUUCGGCAAUUCCAGGGAGGACCUUCACGCCACUUCGCAUCCAGCUCUUAGUGUGGCGGGGGUCACUUUUGGGGAACCUCGUUCUGUUCUGAGCAACAUUAAUUUGAAUAUACGUAAGGGGUCUAUCGUCGUUUGUUCUGGUGCGACGGCCGCUGGGAAGACAUGUUUAGUGCGCACUCUUCUGGGCGAGACCCCUUCGAUAGGAACCAUCACAGUGUCUUCCAAACGCAUUGGCUAUUGCUCUCAGCUGCCGUGGCUACCGAAUGGAACGAUUAGGCAGGUUAUUCAUGGAUUCGAGGAUAGUUCCUCGAUUAUCGACUUGGGAUGGUAUGAGACGGUAAUCGCUGCUUGCUGUCUCACGAGAGACAUUGAGGCGCUUCCCAACAGGGACGAAACCAUCGUGGGCAGUCGAGGGGCCAAUCUUUCAGGAGGUCAGCGACAGCGCCUAGUAAAUGAUCCAUUUAGUGCGCUAGAUGGGAGCACCGAGCGUCAAAUCGUCGAAAGCCUCUUCGGAUCAGAGGGGCUUCUUAAAAAGUUUGGAGUAACGGUGAUUUUAAUAAGCAAUUCUACCCAGUACUUCCCCUUGGCAGAUGAAAUUAUUAUCCUCGAAGACGGGCGAAUUAAGGAACAGGGCAAAUGGAACGAACUACUCUCCCGGGAUCCGCAAGUAUUGAAAAUAACCCUCAACGAAGAUCACAUUCAUAAGAGCAAAAAGGCCCCCGAAGACAGUGCCAACCAUCUCUCGCGACAACAGCGAUCCUACGAUGAUAUUGCUAUUGACUCGAAGCGGAAAACAGGCGACUCAGCGCUCUAUAGCUAUUAUUUAAAAGCGACUGGACUGGGAAACUUUGCGUUCAUGGUAACUUCUAUCGCAACUUGCUCCUUUUUCGUCACUUUCCCGCAGUACUGGUUGAAGCUAUGGACAGACUCAAAAUCAAGCAACAACUGGAUAUUCAUCGGAGGAUAUGUUGCUCUGUAUCUCAUCGCUUGGAUUUCUACGAAUGGAAUUAUGUGGUCUACCAUAAUUUUGGUAGCACCCCAUUCGGGACUUGUUUUACACUCGAAACUCCUUAAGAUAAUUAUGCGUGCACCUUUGCUAUACUUCUCUAAGACUGACAGCGGGUCAAUCCUGAAUCGAUUCAGUCAAGACAUCCAACUUGUUGAUAAGCAACUCGCAUCUGCCAUGUCAUCAUUAUUCGUUCAGGUCUCUAAGCUUCUUGUUCAAGUCAUCUUACUAUUCGUUGCCCAAAAGUUGCUGACACUGACUCUCCCUAUUUGUCUCGUAUUCGUCUAUCUAGUACAGAAGAUAUACCUUCGAACAUCGCGCCAACUACGGCUUUUGGAACUUGAAUCUAGAUCUGCUGUGCUGAUAAACUUCUUAGAGACGGUGGAAGGAUUGCCUACAAUACGUGCGUUUGCAGGCCAGUCCAAGGCGGAAAACCAACAUAUACGAAACCUCGACGAGUCACAAAAACCCUUCUACCUUCUUUUAUGUCUCCAGUGCUGGCUCAGAAUUGUCCUAGACCUACUCGUUGCGGGGAUAGCCGUUGGGGUAAUCGUUCUCGCAGUCUCUCUGCGGGACACCACUUCGGGUGGCCAAGUCGGUGUCGCGCUGAACAUCGUGUUGAUCGCAAAUACCACGCUCCUUAAACUCGUUGAAUCGUGGACCAGCCUAGAAAUAUCUCUUGGGGCCAUCGCCAGGAUCAAGAAACUGGAAGAGGAAGUGCUCCCUGAGGAUCAACCAUCCGAAACUAAGAUACCUCCCGAAACGUGGCCGUCUUCCGGGUCUCUGGAAGUUCGGAGUCUUACAGCCUCUUAUAAUGAAGAAUCUACUGCUCUUCGCGAUGUAUCACUACGGAUUAACCCGGGACAGAAAGUGGUGGUAUGCGGCCGAACGGGGAGUGGUAAGAGCUCUCUAAUUCUCGCUCUUCUCAAGUUACUAGAUAAAGGAUUGGGAUCAAUCAUCGUUGAUGGUAUAGAUGUUGGCCACGUCCCUCGCUCAAUAGUACGAGGACGCUGCUUCGUAACAGUACCCCAGGAGCCUUUGCUCCUCAACCAGCAAACCCUCCGAUUUAACGUGGACCCGACAGAGACUCUCUCAAACGAUACUAUAAUCGAUACUCUCUUCAAGGCGCGCCUGUGGCAGCAUUUCAGCUCUACUUUGAACUCUAGAGGGGUGCUCGACAGCCCCGCGAGCACUCACCCGAUCCUAGAUCAGACGCUUGCGUCGCUCCCAUCUCUUUCAGUCGGACAGGGGCAAUUGCUAGCCCUCGCACGUGCAUUGCUACAAGUAUAUACCGUAGCUACUUGCGGUGCAAAACCAAUAAUUCUACUCGACGAAGCCACUUCUUCUCUAGACUUUUCGACUGAGGAAUUAAUACUCGAUAUUGUUCACGAAGAGCUCACCUGCAAAGGUCACACGGUAAUUAUGGUUGCACAUAGAGUGGGUGCGGCCGUGACCCACCUCAGAAAAGGGGUAGACAUCGUAGUCUGGAUGAAGGACGGGAAGGUCGAAAAGGUAGGCGACGCAGAUGAGAUUAUGAACAUAACAGCGCAAGCCGUUAUGCCUGAGAUCCAGGGAGAUGAUCAGACAAGGGAAUGAUCAAAAGAGCUGGGCUAUUGGAGAAUACCAUAUAUUCUGUCCGAAGAUACAUAGAGUGAUAUCACGCUUCUAGUUCCUCCCCGAAAACUGCAGUAUUCGAACUGUUGAUUCUCUAUUAAUGCUUGCUUCCCCUUUGGUAUCUAUCUCAAUAGA